UGAAAACCUGCCGACUUAACACCGACUCAGUUGAAGUCUCCGAAGUUGUCGUUCGCAUUCCUUCUCCUUUGCAUUGAGACCCAUAUCCAAGAAACCGUGCACGGGGGCGAACGUAAACAAGAAUCGUCGUCCUUGGAGGAUGCUCGAGGGAGAAAUGGAAGACCAGAUAUGGGAGGCCGAUUGGAACAGCGUGUCGACACUGCUGCUUGGUCGCUCGUUGGAGGCGUUGCUUGGCUCUCGCCAGAGAGAGCUGGACGCCGUACUCUCUCGCACCAAUUUGAAGUCAGGGAGGAAGUCUGGAAGUGGUCUUCUUCCUUCCACGGACGGUCCUUUGGAUGACGCACUUCUCUUUCUGCACAAGUACGUGAAGGAUUGUGUUGGCAGGAGCGAGCCCAUGGAUCACAUUCUUGUUCCGAUCAUCGAAAGCGCAGCCAAGCUGAAGGGUUCAAAAAGGUUCAAGCAAAUGUUGGGCAUUAUUCAGUGGCUUUUUGAAGACGAUGAGCUUUUCUUUGCUUUUGCAAAUGAUCUUGUGGGGAUUAUCACAAGGAAAGUAGAUCAUUUUAUUUCGCUUGGGUGGUGCACCCUAGUCCGUGGACUUAUUUCCCUCGAGUUUUCUGCAAAUAGAUCGCCAGAAAUUCUAAAUUCUGUAACAAUGCCAGGUAAACACUGCAGGCUUCAAAAAUUUCUAAAGAUUCUGAUUGUGUCAAUUGCACGCCUUUCAUCUAUUAUGUCUGAAGGAAGCAUUCAGCGUGACGGUUAUGAAUUGCCAACUCGUCUUGCAGUGGCUGCAGCUGAUUGCAUUCUUGUCCUCACUGAAGCUUUGACCGAGAAGCAACCAGUUACCAGUAUGGCAAGUCAUCAAGAUCUGAAAUCACAACCAAAUGUAAAGCGCAAGCUUGUCACGAUGUUGCCUGCAGGUCACAGUGAUGUUGGUGAUGUCGGAAGUAGUUCUUCAUAUGGUUCAGAACCCAUUGAAAUGAAGCAGUUACUCUGGGAACAUUUGGAUGAAGUGGCUUCCCUUGUUCAGAAGUUACAAGCGUGGAACAGAAAAAGUAGGCCUUUACAUGCAAAAGGGUUGGGACAAGUGCUGAAAUGGCUGAGAGUUUUCGAAGAAAGUUCUCAAUGUGAGCCAGAUGAAUUAGUAAUAAAGACAGGCCAGUCAUUGCUUAUCUCUUGCUGGAGACAUUAUGCAAAACUUUUGCGCCUUGAAGACAACACAGUCUACUGGAAUUUCAUGGACAUGCUGGGUGAAUAUCUUGGUGCAAUGCAGAUAUAUGUUCAAGAAGAUGGUUAUGGAGAACAAAGUGAUGAAGCGAGUUCAGUUGAGACCAGAAAGUUUUUCUUGAAUUGCAUUUCUUUGAUCUUGGGUCGUUUGGACAGUGGAGAAAUUGAACUUGUAGUGUCUGAAAAUGGUCCACGGAUACUGACAGUCUUGUUUGCUCAAAUUAGGUGUAUUGAUGGAGAUGUUGUAGAAGGAUCGGUGGACAUCUUGAGGACUAUUAUUUUCAGAAGAUGCUCUCCCGCAUUUGGAAGUAAGCCUCCUAAUUUUGGUCCAAUGGAAGCAGCAUUACCAUUGUUGCUAAAUCUUUUGGAUGGACGAGAUGUUCUUGCAAGAGCUGUUGUCUCAUUCGUUGCAGAAUAUUGCUUCUUAUAUCCAGAUCAAGGUCUUCAAGAAAUUUUUGGGCGGCUUGAUUCAAAAAAUCACGUCCAAAGGAGAAAUGCUAUAGAUGUUCUUUCUGAGCUCAUGUCUCUAUGUGCAGAUUCAGGAAAUGAACUGCCUUCUUCAUUAAGGCGUGACAUAGCAAAACACUUGUUGGAACGCCUUGGUGAUGAAGAGCUUAUAAAUCGUGUAUCGGCAGCUAAACUGUUCUCGCAGCUUGAUCCUAGUUUUGUUCUGCCUGCUUUGCUGAAAUACAUCUAUUCUCAUGAUAAGCGACUCCAGUCGGCUUCUAGUGAUGCUGUGGUUACAUUACUGAAAUGUCAGAAAGACAAACUUGAUGUAGUAUCUGUACUUCUUGACUGCCUUGGAGAUUUUAGUCACAGCUCAAAUGCCUCAAAAGUUUCAGUGCAAGAAGCAGAAACUAUAACCUCAGAUGUUCCCCCUUUACGUUCAGGUUCAAGGGAGGACAUUGAUUUGGUUCUUCGAUUGACACCUAAGUGGUCUGCAAGUGUUCAGGAUUGGAACAGUCUGAUUGAGCCUUUGAUGGACAAAAUGUUUGGUGAUCCAUCAAAUGCAGUUCUUCUCCGCUUCUUGAGUUACAUUAACGAGGAAAUGGCAGAUCUUGGGAAUGUAGUUCUUCACCGCAUUUUAUUGCAUAUGUGUAGCCAAAGAGAUAUUAAUGAAUCCCUGAUUUCCAAAUGGAAGGCUGGAUGUUACACAGAAAAUGAUUCCAUUGAGUUGAAGGAUAUGCUGUUUGAUCGGCUAUGUCCACUUCUCCUUAUUAGGUUACUUCCUCUGCGAGUUUUAGAUGAUUUGGACUCCUCCAUCGUGUAUGGUAAAUUGGCGAGAUCUGGAAAAUAUGAUGAGAAAGAUGAUGAAGAUUGCAUAGCCGCCUUCCUAGUAAAUAGGGCCUUUCAUUUAUUGGAGUUUGAAGAUGUUCGUAAAAUUGCAGCUGAAUUGUGUGGUCGUCUUCAUCCACAGGUCAUACUGCCAAUUAUUGAAGCUCAGAUGCAGAAUGCUGUGCUCUAUCAUGAUAUGCUGAAGAUAAAAGCAGGCUUGUUUGCCACUUGCUCAUCUCUUAUGAUUAGGGGGAAAUGUUCUUUACACCAUCCAGGCAUGGCCAAAAUAAGGAAAAUGGUGGAGUCUAUUCUUUUGUGGCCUCCAGAUUCUGAAGAAGUAUCGAAAGCACAACAUGGGUGUAUUGAUUGCCUAGCUUUUAUGGUUCUUGCUGAACUACAAACUUCACAACAUUUCAACAAUUCCACACAGACUAUGGUCAAUAUAAUUGAAGAGCCAAUAGAAGAUACAGGGCUUGUUUCUUCAGUGAUGCCUGUCCUUUCAUAUGUAAUCCAGAAACUUACAUGUCAGCAAUAUUCCAGAUCCACUUCUAGUUCUAGUGUUCAGUAUCAAGAGAAGCCAUCUGAUACCUUGGGUAAAGUGGAUCUAGAUUCUUUAGAGCAGCUUCCCUUGUCAUUUCGUUUGUGCAUGGCAAAUGUACUCAUUAGCACCUGCCAGAAGUUGCAUGGCUCAGAAAAGCUCCUAUUUGUUCAACAGAUAUUCCCAACACUUCUUCAUUUUGUCGAGGUGACGGUUGACCCAGAUAUAAAAGCAGCAUGCCUUCAGGUUCUGUUUACAGCUGUUUAUCAUUUCAAAGCUGUAGUUCUUCCUUAUUCUACAGACUUUUUCAGGAUUUCAAUGAUAUGCCUGAGAAAAGGAACAAACAAGGAACGAAUUGCAGGUGCCAAGUUACUGUUAUCCCUCAUGGCUGGUGAAGAUGUGGUGGUGGAUAAUAUAUCGGGAAGUCUAUGGGAAGCCAAGUCUCUGCUGGAAAGUAUUUCAAUGAUGGAUGCAUCAUCAGAGGUAAGACGGUUAUGUGAGAAACUACUGUCCUGUAUCACUUCCCCUUUGGAAUUCCCCAUUCUCCCCUAGAGACGAGCACGGUUGCAGAUAAUAGAAUAUAGAAAAGUCAUUGGACUGCACAGUUUAUGUAAUUUACUUCUAAUUUGAAAAAAACAAGAGAAAGUUAAUGUAUAAUAUUAAUUCCUUUCUAAAUUAGGAACAAAAUAAUGUUA